GGGAGAGAGAUUUCUGGAUUCCAAAUCAGGUUCUUGGACAAGAAAAUAAGGAGAAAUUCCAAGCUUUCUCAUCAAUUUUCCAAAGCUGGUGCCGGCGACUUGGAGGGGGGGGAAAUUUCGGGCUGCAGCGGGAAGAAAGAAGAGCAGAAUCGGGCUGGAGAAAAAGAGGAAAAAGGAGAAAAGAAAUAAGCCAUCCUUAUCCAAUUUCUACUCUUUUAAGCCCCUCAACUUUGGAUAUUUUGGCUCUUAAGCCCAAAACAAUAUUUUUCCAUAAUUUAGUCCCUAACUCACUUAUUUAUUCUAGAAAUUUCUGGGCAAACAUAUGAAUGGGAUCCUACGAUUGAGAAUACUGUAAAAGAUUUAUGGAACAUGACAGCAAGGAUCAAGUUCAAGCAUGCACUUAGUGAGUUGAAAGCUAAGUGUGCAAAAAGAAACUUUAAAGUUAAGCCUCCAGAUAUGAAUCCAGAGUUAUGGGCGAAGCUUGUUCAUUUAUGGACUGAGGACGAGGGUCAUUUGAGAAGGUCAAGUUCUGCAAAGGCUAAUCGAGCAAAAGGACCGAGGGUGACGCAUACCAGCGGUUCAAUGGACGUUAAUGUUUAUAGAAAGAAAAUGCAACAAGCAAACCCUGAGGGUCAUCCACCAACAUAUCCUGAGGUCUACACCAGUAGAAGGCAGCACAAAGGAAAAGGAAAAGACCAACUGCCUGUAUAUUGUAAUGAUGAGGCUCAAGAAAUUGGAAAAAAUUGACAGCUGAAUAUGCUACUAGACAAGAGGAAAAAGGAUUUGACCCUACAAUACCUCAUGCUGAGAUAUUACUUAGGGCAACUGGUGGGGUCAAGAAAGGAUGGUUGAAAGG